CAGUAUGUAAACUAGUUUUAAGCCAAAUAUAGGAUAAACGACGAUUAGUCAUUGUGCUUUGUUACAAGCAUACAUUCAAAGCAUACAUUUUGUUGCGUCGGCUGUUUAUCCAUUUCAGCACAGUAAGGAGAAAAUAAGUAUUGACUGGUAAAGUAUUUCACAAGCUAAUAAUUGAGGGACGGUAUUGGUUAAAUUUAUUUUUAAGCGUUAGAUUGUGUGCUGACUGGACGGCUGCCUCUUAGACCUUGUCCCGUUAAAGAUCAGGCAAUGGCAGAUGCUUCUACUAGCGACGAAUUUGUUGGCCAAAAACGGUCUACAGCCGCAGAAAAUACUUACGAUAUUGAUUCUAGCUUAACAACAAGAAGGAACAGUACGGCAGGCAAAAGACCUACGAAGAGGAAAUCGGAUGCAGCCGCGAAGAACAAAAAAAAGCCAAAGAUUAAACGGACUCCGAGACCAAAUUACACCGUCCAGCAUGGAGAGGACAUGCUACUUAUUGUUUCAAACAUUAGCCACUAUGACAGUGUUUGGAAGCCGAGAAAGAAAAGAUGCAAAAGAAAACGAACUCUCAGAGGCAAACCCAGGGUCAUUCCUACUAAAAGGAGAAAGACACCUUCAAAAGGAAACACUGAGGAGGAGACAGUUUUAGGCACUACAAAUUUGGAGCAGGUUCACUCAGACACAUUUGACAAAUGGGGUCAGGGGUUGCCACUGGAGAUCUUGGUAAAGAUCUUUCAGAUGGCAGUUCACCAGGAUGGUGCUGUGCCAUUUCUAUGUAGGGUUGGCAGAGUUUGCCGUCUAUGGAAUGGUGCUGCAUCUUCUCCAACUCUGUGGCACAGUGUGUCAGUUAGCUACUGCUGGAUUGAGCCUGGUAAGAGUCAGUUGCCUAAAACUGAAGAGAAGAUUAAGAACACUAUAAGUUGGCUUGCACAAAACAGAUUAUGUCAGUUGAGGGAAUUUUCCCUUUGUCACUGGAAAAAGCAUGUUGACUAUGUUAUUCAGGUUAUAUCAGAGUCCUGCCCCUUAAUCCAUUCGCUUAAGCUGUCAUAUUGCACCGGUGUGACAGAUACUGCUUUCCAGAGUCUUGGCACCAACUGUCAGUCACUGGAGAACAUGAACUUGCAGCACACAGAGUUUCAGGUCGAUGGCUUGGUCUCUUUUCUUGAGUCCCAUGGCAGCCAACUAAGGAAGAUUUUCUUCACUCACAGCACCAAAAGUGAUAAACUUCUUAAUGCUCUAUCUAGAUGCUGCCCUGAACUCAGACUGUUGGAGAUCAACACAAAGCUGGACAGUGGAUACUGUCAGCUUCCCAUCUGUAUCCAGGCGCUGCAGCUUGGUUGUCCUAGACUCCAGAUUCUCAGGUUAAUGAAUGUUACACCUAUUCCCAAAAUGAUUCGCAACACACCAGCUUCCACUUCUGGCUUCCCCAUGCUGGAGGAGCUGUGCAUUGCCACAUCCUCUCAUUCCUUCAUGACUGACCAAGACCUAAGUAACAUUCUUCAUGGCUCCCGAAACCUGCGGGUACUGGAUCUGCGUGGUUGCUCCCGGAUCACAGCAGCUGGACUGUAUGCACUACCUUGUGAAGAGCUGGAAUGUCUGUACUGGGGACUGUACUUCAGCAGUAACACCAUGGUAGCUUCCAAGAAGGGCAUACACAUGCUGACCCAAAAAUGGAACCGCACCCUGCGGGAGCUGGAUCUGACCAAUCAGCCUUUCUCAGAGGAGGACAUGGAGAUAGCCAUUGGGUAUCUGGCCCAAGGCAUAGUGGCAGAUUCCUUCCACUCCCUCAAUCUCACUGGGACCAAGAUCACAGUACCUGCCCUCAGGUUACUUGUAGGUCAGUCUCCAGCACUCGACUACUUAAAUCUGUCAUCCUGUCGGCAUCUUCCUAGAGGAUUCAAACGAGUAUAUCGUGGCCGAGACGACAUUCACCAGCUACUGUACAAGUUAGACUAAGUUGAAAACUGAAAUUCUGUCAAUCUGUUACCCAUGAUUUGUCUACAAAGAGUCAGUAACAUGGCGACCAUGGUAUUUGCAACUUGCUGAGACAGUUUUAUUAGUAACUCUCAUUAAAAUUAAAAACAACUUUAAACAGUAUAUAUUUCAAACUUGUGACUUUUUUGAAUGGCUCUGAACAGAAGCUGUGACUUCCAAAAACUGUUUUUUAAUAUGAAUUGAUGUUUGCAAUUCAAGUGUAAACUAUGACUUCCUGUAUUUUUGUAUAAAUCUUUGACUACACAUUAUGGAGGAUCUGAAAUUAAAUUUGUAGCACAUUCAGCUACAAUAGGAUACAUCUUUGUUUUCUGCUGUUUUUUUUUUUUAAUUUUCACUAUUGCAGGAUAGAUAACUUCUCUUUGUGUUGGUCUGAAACCUUUAAACUUUUUUUUCCCAAGAGUAAAUAUUUAGGUCAGAGAUUAAUUUAGGUCAAAAAUUUGACAAAUAGCAAUGCCUCCACAAAAUAUCUUUUCCCUAAUGCAAAACUGAUAAUGAGGAACAUUCACUGAAUUGUCAUAUUGUAUAUACUUCCUUUUAAAUGUAAUUAAGCCCAUUUGUGUUAUGAGUACCAUUAAAAUAAAUGAGUACAGAAGAGUAAUUGAAUAUGUACCAGCAGUUUCUACAUUUGAAGUUUUAUUUUGACACAACCCAGUCACCAUUUUCAAAAUAAUUGAACUUGUAUUUUGUAUCAGAUAUAAAAACAUACAGUUCCUCGCUGUUAGAUGAAUUCUCACACUCAUCUUAU